AUGGGGCUGUAUGUCAGAUUGGGCUUGAGGACUUCGGCUAAGGCUCUCGGCGCGCGGCUUCUCGGCUCACAUGGGGCGCGCACAUCUCCUAUCGGCUAUGGUUCUGAUCGUGUGGAGGCUUGCCAUUUUGUUGGUGGACUCGGGACACUGCUACUGCUCUCCUUGGCAAAGCGACGAGCGAUAGCUGCUUCACACGGGGACUCGCGAGUGACGGCCGACCUUGUCAUGCGGUGUCGCGCGGCUGCGUGGUUUCUUGCAGACGGGGCGCCGGGUGGAAUGGACGUCGAGAGGAUUUAUAGGCGAGGGGUGGGGAAAAUUUUCUUGCGUGAGGCAUCCAGAACGGAACUCGAGAAAACGCACAUGGCAUUCGCAGCCGGACUUCUUCGUAUGCUCCGCGGUCAUCCUCGUCGGCAACUCCCCUUUUCCGUCACGAACCACCGCAGUUGCAGGAGGCUCUUUUCCGUGAAAGCUUCUGAGAAUGGGAGUGUGGUUGCUGCAGGCGGAAAUGGCGACCACAGGAUAGUACUCACAGAGCUUCACAAGGAGGCAACGGAGUCUUACAUGUCCUACGCGAUGUCCGUGCUUUUGGGCCGGGCCUUGCCUGAUAUCAGAGAUGGGCUCAAGCCCGUCCACCGCCGGAUACUAUAUGCAAUGCAUGAGUUAGGCCUUUCAUCAAGGAAACCUUACAAGAAGUGUGCAAGAGUAGUUGGUGAGGUUCUUGGUAAGUUCCAUCCACAUGGGGACACUGCAGUCUAUGAUUCAUUGGUUAGAAUGGCCCAGGAUUUCUCAUUGCGAUCUCCACUCAUUCGUGGGCAUGGAAAUUUCGGUUCUAUUGAUGCUGAUCCUCCUGCAGCAAUGCGCUACACAGAAUGCAGACUAGAGGCACUCGCAGAGGCAAUGUUGUUGGCAGAUUUGGAACAAGAUACAGUCGAUUUUAUCCCAAACUUUGACAACUCACAAAAAGAGCCAUCCUUACUUCCUGCCCGUGUUCCAAACUUAUUGUUGAACGGUGCCUCAGGGAUUGCGGUUGGAAUGGCAACAAAUAUCCCUCCACAUAACCUUGGGGAGUUGGUAGAUGCACUGUCUUUCUUGAUUCACAAUCCUGAAGCAACGCUGCAAGAAUUGCUCAAAUACAUACCCGGACCUGACUUCCCUACUGGAGGAAUGAUAAUGGAGGCAUAUCAAACUGGACGAGGACGCGUGAUAAUUAGAGCGAAAGCUGAUGUUGAGUUGCUGGAUCCCAAGAGCAAGCGUUCAGCAAUUAUCAUAACAGAGAUACCGUAUCAGACCAACAAAGCGUCUCUUGUUGAGAGAAUUGCUGAACUUGUUGAGAAUAAGGGUUUGGAAGGAAUAAGUGAUAUACGUGAUGAGAGUGAUCGAUCUGGAAUGCGCUUAGUCAUUGAGCUUAAGAAGGGAUCAGAUCCAUCCAUAGUGUUAAACAAUCUUUAUUGCUUAACUGCACUGCAGUCCACAUUUAGCUGCAACAUGGUGGGCUGGUACUAUUCGUAUUUAAUCCUCAUGUCUUCCUUGAAUUUAUCUGAAAAAUUGGAGAAAGUUAAAGCUGCAGUGAUCCUUAAUGGCCAACCGAAAUUAAUGGGACUGAAGGAAUUACUUCAGGCCUUUCUGGAUUUUAGAUCUUCCGCUGUUGAAAGGCGCACACAAUAUAAGUUAUCUCAAGCGCAAAAUCGUUAUCAUAUUGUUGAGGGCAUUAUAACAGGACUUGAUAACCUGGACAGAGUCAUUGAGGUAAUCCGGAAAGCUUCUAGCCAUGUGUUGGCUUUGACUGAUUUAAUGAAGGAGUUCAACUUGUCCGAUAAGCAAGCAGAGGAAAUAUUGAACAUAAGCCUCAGACGGCUAACAUCUCUUGAGAAAAAAAAGUUCCUUGAUGAAGGAAAAUCUUUGUCUGAGCAAAUAUCUAAGCUACAAGAGGUUCUUUCAAGUAAAAAGCUAAUACUUGAGAUGAUAGAAAUUGAAGCAAAAGAAAUAAAGAACAAAUUUUGUACACCAAGGCGUUCAAUGCUGGUGGACACUGAUUGUGGUCAACUUGAAGACAUAGAUGUGAUCCCCAACGAGGAAAUGCUACUGGCACUUAGUGAAAAAGGCUACCUAAAAAGAAUGAGGCUGCAUACUUUCAAUCCUCAGAAACGUGGGACUGUCGGGAAAUCAGUUGGGAAAUUGAGAGUAAAUGAUACAAUGUCUGAUUUCAUUGUAUGUCGCACGCACGAUCAUGUCCUCUAUUUCAGUGAUGAGGGAACAGUAUACUCAGCUCGUGCAUAUAAAAUCCCAGAAUGCAGCAAGGCUUCUGCUGGCACACCUUUAGUCCAGAUGUUAUCUCUAUCUGAUGGCAAGAGAAUAACAUCAUUUAUUCCAGUAAGUGAGUUUGAAGGGGACAAGUAUCUUAUGAUGCUAACUAUGAACGGAUAUAUCAAGAAGGUUCCAUUAAACUUUUUCUCAUCAAUAAGGUCGUCUGGUAUCAUAGCAAUCCAACUGGUUCCUGGUGAUGAGUUAACAUGGGUGAGGCAGUGCACAAAUGAUGAUUUUGUGGUGAUGGCCUCACGAAAUGGCAUGAUUCGAGCGCUUGGAAGGAAUACUAGAGGCGGAAUAGCCAUGAGGCUUAAGCCAGGGGAUAAAAUGGCGAGCAUGGACAUAGUGCCUGCUGCAUUGGGCAAAAUGUUGGACAGAGGCUCAGAAACACAGGAGAACCUCGGCAGGGGUUUUGCGGGUCCUUGGCUGCUGUUCAUAUCUGAGAAUGGCUAUGGAAAGCGAGUUCCUCUUGCUAGCUUCCGAAUGUCACCGCUCAAAAGAGUUGGUUUGAAAGGUUACAAGUUUGUGGAGGAGGAUCGCCUGGCUGCUGUAUUCGUAGUGGGUUUUUCAGUAGGAGAGGAUGGAGAAAGUGAUGAAGAAGUAGUGCUGGUCAGCCAAAGUGGAACCGUGAACAGGAUCAAAGUUCGGGAUAUCUCCAUACGGUCCCGAUUUGCAAGGGGUAUGAUUCUGAUGCGGCUGGAGAAUACCGGAAAAAUUCAGUCAGCUUCCUUAAUAUCAGCGACUGAAACCGAGACUGAGGAGGAAUUGCUGGCGGCCUCAGUAUGAGUCAACACUAAAACUUUGAAUUCACUUUCUAAUUUUAUGUCCUUUGCAACCCUUUGGCACACUAAUGACUAAUGUAAAUGUACACGGUUUCCCUUUGCUACCAUUUUAUUUUUUUUUUUAGAAAAAAAAGUGGGUUAAUUUCCCUUUUGCUACUUAAAACUGUCAUCAUUUUCGCUAGAAGCCUCUCAAACUAGCACACGUUAACGCAAAAAAAAUAAAAAAUAAAGAGAGAGAGUGUAAAAGUAGAGAGAAUGAUGUAGAGCUUGAAUUGUUGUUUAACUCAAUGAAGAUUACAAGGUAUUUAUACAAGCCAAAGGAGAUGAAAGAAAGGAAAGAAAUCAAAGGACCUAAUCUACGAGAUUUACCAUAUCAUCUAAUUGAUACAACCUAAUCUAUAUCAUAUCAACAAGAUACAAUUGCCAUAUUUAUCGUAUAAGAAUAUCACAAGAUAUUCUCUCAAUACU